UUGAUCACUGUUCGGAUAGAGAAGUGUUCUUCUGCUCCAUCCGAGAGCUGAAAGAUAUUUCCGUGUCAGUUGGUGCCAGCUCCUAGCGAAAAGGUGGAACGUGGCGAGUAAAGUUAUUACAUUGAACGUGCGCGCUUACAAAGGUAGGGCAGACUUCCCGCGUAUUGGAAGGAUACAGGAUAUCCUCUCUGGAUGGAGGACUGCUAGAGAUCCGAUCGUCUCAUAUUGCGGUGGGUGCAUUCAGUCGAGUAGUGUUGUACGAGAGCGUGUGUAGUAAAUAUAUAUAUAUGGUCACACGAAUUGAAAGACAUGUCAGUAGUAGUUAUUUGAGUUUUUCAAUAAUAAAUACCAAUCGCUUGGUACAACUUUGUCGUACAUGGUGGAAUAACAGCCCAUUUUUGCAUUAUAUUAGAUGUGUCACUAACACAAGCAUAGUGGGUCACCAUAAAUUUAAAACUAUUGCCAGUUUCCUGUUCGACUUGAGACAGCAAUAUAUCAUCGUGUGACACUGUUUAUCAGUGAAAUCCAGCGCAAGUGGACCGAAGGUGCAAACGAACGACUGCGAGUGAACAUACUACCAUGUUCCGCUCUCUCGUUCUCCAUGCGGUAGUCAUCCGUCAGUGAACAGACUACAUUUCCGCUCUCUCUCGUGUUCUUUCAUACGGCAGUCACCCGUCAGUGAACAGACUACCACGUUCCGCUCUCUCGUUCUUCAUACGGCAGUCACCCGUCAGUGAACAGCCUACCACUACACGUUCCGCUCUCUCCUUCUCCAUGCGGCAGUCACCCGUCAGUGAAUGACCGUAGAUUAAAGGUGCACGACGACUGCGAUGAACAUACUACCAUGUUCCGCUCACUCGUUCUCCAUGCGGUAGUCAUCCGUCAGUGAACAUACUACCAUGUUCGGUUCUUUCGUUCUCCAUACGUUCUUCACUCGUCAGUUAAUGACCGUAGUGCUCUUGCUGACGGCGGUGACAGACGUCGGCCGUCUCGCGGCGGCUGCGGCGGCCGUCCCCACGCAGCUGUGCUCGCUGUGCGACUGUAACAGCGAUGCGACCAACGUGCGGUCGUUCCUCUACGUUCUGUGCAGGUCUGACGUCGCCGAGAGCGACAUGUGGACCGCCGUGAGCGCCGUGCCCCGCCGCGCCGCCGAAGUCUACUUGAAUCCGGCGUUCGACUUCAAGAUCUCGCGAGACGCGUUUGCCGGAUGGACGAUCACGAAGCUGUACGUUGGCGGAUUCGGAGAGACGCUAGGUGGCGGCACCGUGCGCGCGUUCGAAGAUGGGGCCCUGGAGGGGUUGGGGUUGAAGCAGUUGGACCUGAGUCUGAACAAGCUGCAGUCGAUCGGUAGGGACACCUUCUCCGGUCUGAGAGGCUCGCAGCUCGUCUUUCUGAAUUUGGAAGGGAAUGCGAUCGAGAAUAUCGAGUUGGAUGCAUUCCGUGGUAUUCCUCUAGAGGGAAUCAACCUUCGCAGGAAUCGAAUACAACGAAUAGCGAGAGGUAUCUUCGAAGACGUACCCAAAGAGAGGUUGCUACUGGAAGGUAAUCCUCUGUACUGUGACUGCUGCCUGGGCGCUCUGGUUUCGGCCCCGGUGGGUGGCAGUGAGGUCCCACCCAGCGAGAUAGAUGGCGCAUGUGCUGCACCUCUCAACCUGGCCGGACGCGCCAUAGACUCGCUGAAGCAAGAUGAACUACACUGUGACAAGAAUUCCCUCUGCCUCCGGGAGGGGAUAGCAACGACAGUAGCCCAACGGCUAACACCGCCAACAACACUGCCAUCAACAGUGACACCAACGCCGUCACCAAAAUUGUCACCAACAAUGCCACCAACGUCAAUGUCAACUCAACCACUAGGUUCGUGGUCAUCGUGGACGUACGACUCCUCAUGCUCUAAUAGGUGUGGAGGCGGGGGCACGACAACGCGCAGACGAACCUGCCAACCUCCAUCCGCUGCUUGCAAGGGACAGCAGAAGGAAGAGACAGCCUGCAACAGGCCUUGUGUAGUGAGCGGUAGAAAACGCAAACCGUGCCACAUUAUCAAGCAAAACGGAAAAAUAAAGAAGCUUAAACACUGCCAGACGUGGUGCCGGUCCGGAUAUGCGUACAGUCAACAAACGGGGACCUGCAUUGCGAUUUUCUAGGUGCCAUUUUCUACGAUUAUAACCAUGAACGACUGCAUGGUAACCUGUUAACGCCACGUUACGCGAGCGUCGUAAGCGUUGUAACAAUACAGCCGUUGGUUUUAAUAAAUUUAAAAACAACAUGAA